CCUGUCAACAAUAGCCUGUGAAACAGGUUAUGUUUAGUUUUUAUUCUUGAAUACAUUUAUUACAUAAAAAACCAAAAUAAUUGUACAUUGUUAAACCCAUUUAAAGCUACAUAAUAACUUAUAAUAACUAUAAUAACCAUAAGCUUUUCUGCAGCAGAAAAUUACCACACUAAUUAAUAAUGUAAAUAACUUAAAAAUGACUUCUAAAACGGAUAUUGUCAAGCCCAAGACUGUAAGAGUGUUUGAUUUAGAUGAUUUUGAGAAACUUCUUAGAGGAAUAAAAGUAGCAGCAUGUAUGAUAACAGAGUCACAUCAAAUUGUCGAUGAACAAAGUGUUAUAAAGCGUCUCAACGCACUCACAAUAAAUGGAGCAAGUGAUGGUAACUGCUGCUCAUGCUGUGGGGUGGGCCCGUUUGAAUCAAGGGCACAACAAACUGCACACUAUAAGCACCAUUGGCACACGCAUAACUUAAAGAGGAAACUCUUUGGGAAGUCUGCUUUGAGUCUUGGGCAAUUCAAUUCCAGACAAGAUGAUGAUUCAAGUGUGUCCGGCAGUGACUCUGAGACAGAAAGUACAAACUCGAAGCCUGCUAGUGAUUUAUUUGCAGCGGCAACUAGGCAUUGCAAAGCAUUCUUCACAAACCGUACUGGACAGGUCUUCUGUAUAUACAGAUGUAUACUGCAUCAUAAAAAGGAAGAAUUAUCUUCGGAUGGCGAGGGUUACGCGUGGGUGGAGCGCUGUCAACGUCUUACUAUACCAGGCUACCAGCGGUGGGCUGUGUUAAUGGUGUCGGGCGGGCACUUCGCCGGCGCGAUAUUCUCGGGCGCGGUGGCCGUGGUGCACAAGACGCACCACUCGUACGUGACGCGGCGCGGGCAGGGCCAGGCGCAGGCCGCGCGCGACCAGCACGGCAGCAUGCCGCGCUCGGCCGGCGCCAGCUUGCGCCGGUACAACCAGGCGGCUUUCUUGGAGCACGUGCAAGAAAUAAUUGCCGGUUGGUCGGAGGAUCUGACUGGUUGUUCGCUAGUGCUGUACCGCGCGGUCGGCUCAACCAAUCAGGCGGCGCUCUUCGGCAAGAACUCUCCGUUGAAUAGGGACGACUUUAGAGUCAGAGCUUUGCCGUUCCCGACAAGGAAACCUACGUAUAAGGAGGUGAAACGGGUGCACGAUACAUUGGCUAGCGUUGAGGUGUAUGAUACAAUGGAAUUAUUUCAAAGAGCUCUAAUCGCGUCGACUGUGAGAGAUGGCAAAGCGGCGGACCCUAAUGCUGAACGUAAGAAAGCGCAGAAGAGUCCUGGAAAACCUAUUGAUAGAGCCAAGUCAAGGGAACGCACUCCACGCGAGUUACCAACGCAAAUGCUUUCCAGUGAAGACGAAGGUCCAUGCUUUAUAGAUUCCGAAACUCCUGUAGGUUGGAUAAAAACACUAUCCGAACAGAGCUCAAAAGGUGUCAUAACAAACUCAAGGAAGGACCUAUUGAACGACCAUUCUGUUAGUGGCCAUAGCUCUUGCAGCGAACAAGAGAACGUACAAGAGAAGAAAGUAAAGAAGAAGAAGAAAAAGAAAGAAGAGAAAACGGUGAAGAAGCCAGUGGUAGUGCAGAAGAUACCGUCUAACGUUAAGAAGAUGUGGAAAGUGAUAUCUGGCAACGAACAGAGCUCCCUAGAGACGAUUCUAGAAGCGUGGGAGGGGGAUUUGGAAGAGGCUUGCAACAUUCAAGACCCGAGCGAUGGCAACACUGCGCUACACAAAGCCGCUAUCGCCGCUAAACCUGAAAUGGUCACUGCUCUCCUAACAGCCGGCAGUGAUCCGUGCAUCCGUAACCACAACCUGCAGACUCCGUACGCGGCGUCGCCCCACCACGACACUCGGAUCGCCUUCAGGAUGUUCCAGGCGCAGUUCCCUGAUAAAUACAAUUAUAACAAGUCGCAGAUUCCGGGACCCAUAACACCAGAGCUGUUGGAGUUAGAGAAAGAGAAGAAAGCGCAGCAGAAACGAGCGAAACGGCAGAGAGAGAAAGAGAAGCAAAUAGAGAAGAAUAAAACCAAUCAAUUCUUACAAAUGACUGAUUCUCAGAAGGUUAAAGCAGAAGUGCCUAAAUGUUUUCUUUGCGGAGCGAAUCUGCCGAAGACUCCAUUCGAAUACGAUUCUUUCAAGUUUUGUACCAUUCGAUGUUUGCAAAACCACAGGAAUGUCCGACCAUUACAUAAAAGCGCGUGAUUAUGAUGUAAAUAAAAAAUUUUUAUAG